AUGACCGCACUGUCGCAGGGGCAGCAGCAGCUGUCAGCGCAGCUGUCUCCUGCAGCAGCAGCAGCAAAUGUAACCGCAGCUGCAGCAACAGCAGCAGCAGCAGCAACAGCAGAACCAGCAAACACUGCAGCAGCAGCAGCAGCAGCAGCAGCAACAGCAGCAACUGAGGCGGAGGUCUUAGCAACGACACUGCUAGACCUCGCACAAGAUAUAUGGUCCUGUCUAAGGAGAGACCGGCAGCAGCAGCAGGAGCAGGAGCAGCAGCAGCAGCAGGUUAGCAGCAGACCAGCAGCAGGACCAAAAGAGGUGUUGCAGCAGCUGCAGCAGGCUGUUGCAGCAGCAACAGCAGCAGCAAAUGCGCUGCAGCAACAAGACAGGCAGCAAGGUGACAGCAGCAGCAUCAUUAGGACUCCUCCUCUCAGCAGCCAUCUAAGCAGCAGCAGCAGUAGCAGCAGCAGCAGCAGCACUUGCAGCUUCUGCUGCAAGCCUGCUGCACCUUUGCUGCUGCAGCAGCAGCAGCAGCUGCGGCAGCAGAGAGAUUGGGGUUUACCUUCUCCAUUUGCUGCUUCUAGUUCUCCUGCUUCCUUGCAAUGGAGUAGCAGCAGCAGCAGCAGCAGCAGCAACAGCAACAGCAGCAGCAGCAGCGACAGCAACAGUGAACGUUUCCUGCGAGUACUGCCUUUGUGUCUUCCUUUCUUAUCCCUAGAAGAAAGAAUUGGAAGUGUAUCAUUAGUGAGUCGUGGUUGUUUACGUGUUGCAUGGGAUACACCAAUCGAGGCAGCAGACUUCUGCUCAGCUAAGGCACCAAGGUCUCCUCCCUUCAGCAGCAGCAGCAGCAGCAGCAGCAGCAGCAGCAGCAGCAGUAGUAGUAGUAGCAGCAGCAGGGAGGAUACUGGGUCAUCAUCGGUUCAACAACAGGCCAGCAGCAGCAGCAGCAGCAACAACAGCAGCAGCAGCAGCAACAACAACAAUAGUAGCGAAUCGAUUCCUGCAGCAGCAACAGCAGCAACAGCAGCAGCAACAGCAGCAGCAGCAGCAGGAGGAUCACCCGUCCACGUACCUGAAUCCUCGUCCGUAGCAACCCCACCAUCAGCACCACCAUUUGCAUCAUUAGUAGCCCAACAACCCCAACGACCUACAGCAGCAGCACGACCAUCAGCAGGAUCAGCAGGAGCAGCAGGAGCAGCAGGAGCAGCAGGAGCAGCAGGAGCAGCAGCAGCAGGAGGAGGAGGAGGAGGAGGAGGAGGAGGUCGGCGAUGCCCUCAGCUGUCGCGUUUAUCAUUAAGCUUUCGUGGUGCACAUCUUUGUUUGCUGCUGCCGCAGCAGCAGCGCAGCAGCAGUUGCUGCUUGUGUGGUUGCUGCACAUGUGAGGGAGCAGCAGGAGCAGCAGCAGCAGCAGCUGCUGCUGCUGCUGCUGCAGCACGAGGGCAACAAAGUACAACAGCAGGGCAAGGAGGAACAGCAUCAACAUCAGCAGCUGCAGCAACAGCAGCAGCAGCAGCAGCAGCUGCUGCUGCUGCUGCUGGUACAUGCAGACAGAAGCUGCAGGCAUUGAAGGCAGUAACAGAUUUAUCCAUCAUUGGAUUAAAAUCUCCUGCUGCUGUACAGGCACUACAGUCGAAGUUAACGGUGCAGCUGCUGCCUCCAGCAGGUGCUGCUGAUGUGCUGCAUUUGCUGCUGAUGCUGCUGGCAAAUGGUACUUUACAUGCAUCCAGCAGCAACAGCAGCAGCAGCAGCAGCAGCAGCAGCAGCACUAGGUGCACCUUAAGUGACAACAACAGCAGCAGCAGCAGCACUAGGUGCAUCAUAGGUGACAACAACAACAACAACAACAGCAGCAGCAGCAGCAGCAGCAGCAGGCGGUGGUCUGUGUCUGUAGAUCAGGCGUCAGGUUUAGAGUAUGGGGGGGCAUUAGCAGAUACAGCAGCAGGGUCGCAUGCAGCAGCAGCAGCAGCAGCAGCAAAUGGUUGCUGCUCCUUGCUGCAGCGCAGAGGCUCCACAGGAGACACCUGGGAGGUUUCACUGCAGCAGCAGCAGCAGCAGCAGCAGCAGCGGGAGGGGCUGGAACGACAGCAGAUGCAGCAACAACAACAACAACAGCAGCAACACCAGCAACAGCAGCAGCAGAAGCACCUGCAGCAGCAGCAGCAGCAGCAGAUCAAGGAUUAUCUGUAG